AUGAACAAACUUUCAUGUUCAGCCUACAAUUUGAUAAUCAUGUUGAUAUUUUAGUUGAAUUAAUUAAUCAAAUAUAUAGUAUGAAUUUCAGUGUAAACAAUUUAAAAUUAGUGCCACUUUAAAGAGACAUAAGAACAAAUGUGCCGCACCAAAGACUCAAUAUGAUGUAUUUAUCGCGAAACGUUUUAAGGUUAUGUCGUAAACAAAAUACAAUUUAUGUGAAUUUCAAUCACACGUAUACCGCAAGGGAGGCGAAAAGUAAUGAAAAAAGUGGAAACAAUAAAAGAUUUAAAGUAUUAUUAGACGAAAAUAAGAAUAAAAUAGUUUUCAACACGUAUUUAGACCACGAAAAGUUAGAGUUAGGUUAUUUUCGAUAUCAUUUAAAAACGAUCACAAGAGCUAAGAAAAAUCAAAAAAAACAUUUUGAGGAGAAAAGUUUACCACCAUUACCAGUUUCAUUGAAAUAUUAUGUCGAUAAUAAUAGACUGUUAAAAGAAAAAUCGAUUGAAGAUAGCGAAGACACAACUAAAAGUUCCGUGUUUCAAUUGCCGUACGCUACAUCGACGCCCAUAGAAAUUUGUGAUGAAAAUGAAACCUUAUCCGAUAGGAAAGACGUAAAUGUGCCUGAAAAAGAAUUUGAAAAUACGCAAAGCCUCGAAACCGAAGAAUAUGACCGCUCAAAUAUGAGCAAAUGGAUGACAAACUAUGAACAUUUUGAUGACACAAAAUUAGCGGAGGACGAGGAUGGAGAUGAAAUCGAUAACAAAUGGAUAGAACACUAUGGAACUCCAGAUCCCACAAGUGGUAUAAGUAAUGUGUCAUGUGGAGGCUGUGGUGCGCUGUUACACUGCAGUGAUCCUGGUAUUCCCGGUUAUUUACCAAGCGAGAUAUAUAAAAGUUGUAGUAAUGAAGCAUUGAAGACUACGGAAUGCCAGCGAUGCCAUUUUCUCAAGGAAUACAAUAUUGCGUUGGACGUCACUGUACAAGCUGAGGAAUAUGAAAGAUUGCUACAAUCAAUCAGGUAUGUGAAGUCACUGGUAGUACUCAUGGUGGAUUUACUCGACUUCCCGUGUUCCAUUUGGCCGGGUAUUGUUGAUGUUAUAGGAAAGGAGAGACCCAUUUUCCUUGUAGCUAAUAAGGUUGACUUACUUCCUGGUGACAGUGUUGGCUAUUUGAAAAGAAUCAAAGAAUCCCUAAUGGCAGAAGUUAAAAAGACGAAACUGGGCGAAGGCAACAUAAAAUAUGUAGGACUGAUCUCAGCUAAAACUGGUUAUGGUGUAGAGGACUUAAUUUCGGCUAUGUUUAAAACGUGGCUAUACAAAGGAGAUGUCUUCCUUGUUGGUUGUACCAAUGUUGGAAAGAGCUCACUGUUCAAUGCACUAUUACAGUCAGAUUAUUGCAAAGUACAUGCAGUUGAUAUCGUCAAAAGAGCAACUGUAAGCCGAUGGCCAGGAACUACUCUUAAUCUACUCAAAUUCCCUAUAAACCGACCUUCAGCAUGGAAAUUACAACAACGUAGGCAAAGAUUAAAAUCCGAGGCACAGUUAUUAAAAGUCGAGAAGGAAAUAAGAAAUGCCCAAGUUCAAGGCAAGAAAUUUACGGAAGCUCCAUCAUUGAUUGGACAUAUUGGUCGGACCUUUGCAGAUUAUGAAUUAUUACAAGACAAUAUUCUGGAGAAACGUCAACCUGUAAAGGUUUUGGAUGAUAAACAUGAACUGUUCGUAAAAAGCAAAUGGUUGUAUGAUACACCUGGUGUGAUACAUCCAGAUCAAGUUCUGCCGCUGCUGAGUACUGAAGAAUUAUUACUAACAGUGCCGAAGAAACUGAUCAGGCCUCAAACAUAUUACCUGAAGAAAGGGUAUUCAUUCUUUAUCGGAGGUUUAGCGCGUGUCGAUCUUGUGGACUGUUUAGCUCCUUGUCGAUUUACGAUAUUUUGCUCCGAAUGCUUACCUAUAACAGUGGUAAAAACAGACGAUGCUGAUGAGGUAUAUGAGAAAUUUGUUGGCACAGAGCUGUUCGCGGUGCCGACUGGUGAUAUGGAAAGACUGAAAAAGUGGCCUGGGCUGAAGAGAGGUAGUGUGUUGGAGUUUACUGGUGAGGGGCCGAAGUUAUGUUGCGGGGACAUUGUUUUGUCGUCGAUCGCGUGGGUGGCGGUGACAGCUAAACCGGAUACAAUCUGUGAGAUUGUAGCAUGGACACCAGAAGGCAGAGGCAUUCAUAAACGAUACCCGUCGGUGUUACCGCACUCUGUGACGUUGAGAGGCAAGCGGGUAAUAGACACACCCGCUUAUAAAGUAGGCAAAGUGUUUGUAGAAGAAUGAUGUAUCGAAUAUUAAAUAUGUAAGCUUA